GUAGAUAAUUACUUAGGGAGAGUGUCUAACCGCCCUAUAGUAGCUGAAACAUCACCGCGUAGUCUUUUUUUGCUUAUCUCUGGGCAUUUCCGCAUACUUGGAUCAGUAGUGGAGUUUCAGAAUUCCAUUCCUAUGCAUGGGCGUGUAAUUAAUAACCUUAUUAACCUGUAAAAUGGCGGCCGAGUUUGUGCUACAUGAGGAAGAAACAGCAGACGACUAUUCUGUCACUGAUGUAUUUCAAUACUUAUCUAACAACUUAAAGGGGUUCAUAAUCAAUAAGUGUUUCUUCAAUGAUCAGGAAUGCCUAAUACUUACUCAUGAGAAGCUGUUCCUUCAUCCUCCACUGGGACCAACCUCUAGAGUUCGAAUCUUGCUGAAAAGAAGGGAGUAUGUGGUACAUGUGUUACUUAGAGAGGUACAGAAUGGUUUCUUAACCAGUGAUUCUCCAGGUACUGAAUUUGUUGAGAUAUGUAGCAAGUUUGCGGUGGAUUCCAGUAAAUAUAAAUUUUGUCCAGGAAUUGAUAUAGCAGAGUAUGAAGAGUUUAAAUCUGAGAUUCGUUUUGAUCUAAAAAGUGUCAGACGUACUAAUGAGCCUUUUCUUCGUAUUGACUCUGUUAAUUGUUUACUAUGGUUCGAGCUAGGAAAAACCUGUAGUUAUGAGCGCUGACUUGCUGAUAGUGUCACCUGCCGAUCAUGUACAAGACUUAAAUGUGAUCUACAGCAUCAGUUGAAGAGAACAAAAGCUGAAGCACCUUCAAAGAAGUUAAAACGACAAGAAACUUCAUCACAUGCUAGACUUAGCUACAUGUCUCCGGCAAGUCAAGAGAAACGGAAGAAUAAUCAGAAGAAUGAGAGAAAUAAUCUGAAAAGGAAAGUUAUGCAGGAUGCUGUAUCUUUAGAUGACCAUCAGUCUGACGAGAUGUCUUCCAUAGCAUCAACUAUAGAAACAAAUCAUCAGGAAGAACUACAGAAAUUGUACGAUGAAGCUGAAAAACAUGGUGUAGGUCAUUUGAUGAAAGAGAUAUGGAAAGAGGAUGUUGAAAGUCAUUGUGAAAGGGAACAAUUUCAUAUUGAUCAAAAGAAAAACAGAAGUGGAUCGAAAGCAAAUAACUGGAGCAUAAUCACUAUAAGAAUGGCUUUAGCAGUAUACUCAAGAAGUCCUGCAGCUUAUGAUGCAUUGAAGUCUUUUGGAAUUUUAAAUCUUCCCUGUCGUUCCACAUUACAGAGCUAUACAGGAGCAUUUCUCCACGGACCUGGUGCACACAGUGAUUGCAUUGAGCAACAGGUAGCACAAUUUGUGCUACAUUGUCAACAGAGAGUUCUAAAUGGAAAACAAGAGUCCAAAAAAGAUGGAGUACUUAUAUUUGAUGAAGUUAAGGUGAUCAGUCGAUUAAUGUGGAACUCCAGAAGCCAAACUUUGAUUGGUUUGAGCAUGCGACAUGACGAAAUGCUAUCACUAGCAGACAUUUUUCAGACACUUAGCAGCAGCAGUGUAGAGCAAACAAGCUACAUUAUGCAAUUUUUGUGGAGGGACUUAACCAGUGAUUUUGAUAUAAUAGGCCCCUACUUCACGAGCUCAAACACAAUGGACAGUAAAUUUUCAUUGGCUUGCAUCCUAGAGACUGUAAAGCUUUUCCAAUUACACGGUCUUUCAACUUCACUACUGGUUUGCGAUGGAGCAUCAAGUAACCUCUCACUCAUAAAGGCUACGCAUGGUCAUUCUGGUGUAUAUCCAAUUUUGAAUGGUUAG